AGACUGCGUAUCACAUACUCGCAAGCACCAUUCUCUCCGGCGCCAAAGCUUAGCUCUCACGCAGACGUUCGCCACCCUCUGACCAGCCGCCCACACCGCGGCCACCCAUGGCUCUGUGUAACGGAGACUCCAAGCUGGAUAAAGCCUCAACUGAAAUAAAGGAUGGACAGCAUCGCUUCGAGGGAGCUGUCGUGAUACUCGAUGCUGGAGCUCAGUACGGAAAAGUCAUAGAUCGCCGCGUGCGCGAGUUCUUCGUUCAGUCUGAAAUAUUCCCACUAGAAACGCCAGCGUUUGCAAUCAGGGAACAAGGAUUCCGCGCUAUCAUCAUAUCCGGAGGACCAAAUUCUGUGUACGCCGAGGAUGCUCCGUGGUUUGACUCUGCUAUAUUUGCCAUUGGCAAGCCGGUUCUCGGAAUCUGCUAUGGAAUGCAGAUGAUGAACAAAGUUUUUGGUGGUACUGUCCAUAAGAAAAAUGUGAGAGAAGAUGGUGUCUUCAGUAUAAACAUAGAUAAUACAUGCUCUCUGUUCAGGGGCCUGCAGAAAGAGGAAGUCGUGUUGUUGACCCAUGGAGACAGCGUCGACAAAGUUGCUGAUGGUUUUAAAGUAGUUGCACAGUCUGGGAACAUUGUAGCAGGAAUUGCCAAUGAGGCGAAAAAGCUUUAUGGAGUGCAGUUCCAUCCGGAGGUUGGCCUCACGGAAAAUGGGAAAGUAAUGCUGAAAAACUUCUUGUAUGACAUAGCGGGAUGCAGUGGUACCUUUACUGUACAAAACCGAGAAAUUGAAUGUAUCCGUGAGAUCAAGGAGAAGGUUGGCUCCUCAAAAGUCUUGGUUUUGCUAAGUGGCGGUGUGGAUUCCACAGUGUGUACAGCUCUCUUGAACAAAGCAUUAAAUAAGGACCAAGUUAUCGCGGUGCAUAUAGACAAUGGUUUUAUGAGGAAGAGAGAGAGCCAGUCUGUGGAAGAAGCUCUAAAAAAGCUGGGCAUCCAAGUUAAAGUUGUGAACGCUGCUCAUUCAUUUUACAAUGGUACAACAACAUUGCCAAUAUCAGAUGAAGACCGCACACCACGGAAGCGGAUCAGUAAGACCCUUAAUAUGACCACAAACCCUGAAGAGAAAAGGAAAAUCAUUGGUGACACCUUUGUAAAGAUUGCCAAUGAGGUCAUAGGUGAACUAAAUCUAAAUCCUGAGGAGGUCUUCCUUGCGCAAGGCACACUAAGGCCAGAUUUGAUUGAGAGUGCAUCCACUAUAGUCAGCGGUAAAGCAGAAGUGAUUAAAACACAUCACAACGACACAGAGCUCAUCAGAAAAUUGAGGGAAGAGGGUAAAGUAAUUGAGCCGUUAAAAGAUUUCCACAAGGAUGAAGUAAGAGCGUUGGGCAGAGAGCUUGGCCUUCCCGAAGAACUAGUCAGCAGACAUCCUUUCCCAGGCCCUGGACUUGCAAUUCGUGUUAUAUGUGCAGAGGAACCCUUUAUCUGUAAAGACUUUCCUGAAACAAAUAAUAUUUUGAAAAUAGUUGCCGAUUACUCUGCUAGCGUUAAAAAGCCGCAUACCCUUCUACAGAGAGUCAAAGCUUGUACGUCAGAAGAAGACCAGGAGAAACUGCUACAAAUCACUAGUCUACAUUCACUGAAUGCAUUCUUGUUGCCUAUUAAAACUGUUGGAGUACAGGGUGACUGUCGCUCGUACAGUUAUGUAUGUGGAAUCACAAGUAAAGAUGCUCCCCAUUGGGAGUCCCUAAUGUACCUGGCACGUCUCAUACCUCGUAUGUGUCACAAUAUCAACAGGGUUGUGUAUGUGUUUGGGCCACCAAUCAAAGAAUCUCCUACUGAUGUUACUCCUACCUUUUUAACAACAGGAGUUCUUAGUACAUUACGGCAGGCGGAUUUUGAGGCUCAUAAUAUUCUUAGAGAGUCUGGUUAUGCCGGUAAAAUCAGUCAGAUGCCUGUCAUAUUGACACCGCUGCAUUUUGAUCGUGAUCCUUUGCAAAAGCAACCUUCAUGUCAAAGAUCGGUGGUCAUUCGUACUUUCAUCACAAGUGAUUUUAUGACCGGCAUUGCAGCUACCCCAGGCAAUGAAAUUCCAGAAGAGGUUGUAUUGAAGAUGGUCACAGAAAUUAAGAAGAUCCCUGGAAUAUCUCGAGUAAUGUAUGACUUGACCUCAAAGCCACCAGGAACUACAGAGUGGGAGUAAAUAACGUUUUGUUUUAAUCUGGUUUGAAAGUACUGUGUCCGGCUUGAAUUAUAUCAGAAACCAUUCCCAGUGUUGACAUGCAGUACUGUUGUUCAAUUGACUGGAGCUGCUACUGUACCUGACGUCUGAUUCCUUUCCCAGAGCCCUAACGUGCAGUAGAAGUGGUGGGAAUACUUUAAUGGGGCAGAGGAUUUGUACGGGUAAUUAUUCACGGCGGCAUUGCCUGAGCGCAGACACACUCAUCUUGCUUUGCCUUUUUGUCUUAAGGAUUCUGCCUGUUUUCACGUGUUUUGUUGUUGCUGUCAUUUCAAUGUUUUUGGUUUUUCUCCUUUUUUAUUUUUUAUUUUGUUCUAUUUUUUUUGUAAACUAUAAAAAAGGCAGUUCAUUUAUAUACAUCAAAACCGUUGUAAUAGCCUAAUAAUGUAAAAUGAAAAACUGAUGUGACCAACUGCUUUUGAACAGAUUUAUUAUAAAUAAAUAUUUUGCCAAA